CAUGCGCGCAUGCUCUCGCCUCCGGAGGAGCGCUGGGUAUAAAGGAGGAGGCGCCGAGCCGCGCCUGUUCGUCCUUCGGCCCUUCCCAAAUCGCGCAGCGGCUGGAUCGCGGCAUCAUGAUGGCGAGGCGUCUCCUCCUGGGCACCAGACUCUUGCAGCUCCGCAGUCGGGGCUCCCUGGGCCUUCUGCCUCGCAGUUUGGCGUCUUCCCCGAAAACUCCUCAACACUCUGCACCUCAGAACCAUGUGUACAGCACAGAGGGGGGGAGUGCCAGCAAACCGUCCAGGCGCUAUCCAGUACCCAACAAGAAGGAUUUGCCAUAUGAUAUAGUAGAGCUCAUGGAGGAAGUGGAAGUAAAGAGUGGGUUUUUACCCAACGUGUUUAAGGUUAUGUCUCACCGACCGGCAGAAUUCAGAGCAUUCUUUGCUUAUUACAAUGCCAUCAUGAACAAGGAGACAGGAAGCCUAAGCAAGGCUGACAAAGAGCUCAUUGUUGUGGCCACGAGUAUUGUUAACAAAUGUCCAUACUGCGUAAUUGCACACGGUGCUCUACAUCGGAUAUACUCCAAAAAACCAACGUUAGCAGAUCAGGUCACUGUGAACUGGCAAAUGGCCGAGCUGAGUGAUCGGGAGAGGGCCAUGGUUGAAUUUGCACUCGCCGUCUGCCGAGCGGAUAAUAUCACCGAAGAGCACUUUCAGAAGCUGGAGGCGAACGGGUUUGACCGAGAAGAUGCCUGGGACAUAGGCACAAUUACAGCCUUUUUCGCCAUGUCGAACCGCAUAGCUCACUUCACAGAUAUGCACCCAAACCCAGAAUUCUACGUCAUGGGAAGGAUACCGAGAGAGAAAGAGAAGAGCAAUGUCUCCUAACAAGGCUUGCUGGCACCCAGAUCAUUGCAAGGACAUUGGGCUCAGUGACAGGCAGGAGGUCAAGAUGGGCAAAUGUUGGAUCCGCUGAGAAAUGAAAUGUGCUUCACUUUCUAUUGUGCUAUACUUUUGAAAAAAUGUUUUCUGGUAGGGUCUCAAUUGUAAUGAGGUGCUCUGAAGACACGGCGAGAUUGGAGAUUUGCUGCUCAGUUUCUUUGGAUUGUCAUAAGCUGUGUACUGUGAUUUCUUCAUAACUGCAGAGUUAACACUUUUGUCAUAUCCGUUGUUUCUAUUAAACGUAUUUCAGCAAG